GCCCUCCGUCUGUCACUCAACACCACAGUAUCUCCUCCUCCUCCUCGCUUGGCAUCAGACUGGUGUGUGUGCCGACCUUGUUCCAGCGACGAACUACCCGAAAGCCAGCUGUUUGCAGCGCAUACAUUUCAGGCUAAAGCCACCGGUCCGGCACGCAUUUUACCCCCCUCUUUUUCCAGGGCUGCGGUAGUCGCCUUGUGUUUUACCGUCAAAAUGAGUCAGGAUGUGAUGGGGUGCUGCCCUGCUAUCGCUAGCUAGGCGGACAAAUUCCUUCAACCAGCUCGCUGUUUCAAUCACUGCGGGUUGACACAACAUUAGCCGAGGCGUUGUUAAGUGAGCUAGCGGGCUAGCAAGGCUGCUACCGUAGCCGUUACGUGUGAGUUAGCCAACGUUAGCUAAUGUAGUUAGUUAGAAAACGGGACGCAUCGCUGCGGCGUAGAUAGUGCAAUAACGGUUAUUAGCUUACUAGCUACGGACUACUACUUUUUCCCCCUAGCGUCAGUUAGCUAGCUAACGUUGGUGAGACUGCACAGAAAUCAACUGUUACGGGUUUGGAUGUCGCGACACUGCAGUUUUGAACCACUUUUGGCGGAUUGUGAGGACAGAAUUGGACAGAAAAAGACAAGCUAGACUCGGAGCACCAGGUGACAAGAGGGGGUUAAUGAUAUAAACCAGGUGUUAAGUGGCUAAUCUGCGGCGGUUGCAGUCAUUUUUGACAUUAGCUGUUUUAAGGCAGAGCAUCUCGUGGAGGCCCCGCCACCAACGUCUCUUGACUCCCUCCUCCCCCCUGUCCGAAUCUCCCGUGAUUUGCCGAGAUCACCCGGGUGAAGUCGCAGUCGCUCUCGGCUGGGGGGACAACUUGACAACGAGGCCCCUAGCUAGUCUCCCCUCCCCCAGUCCCGGUCCAUCCAUCCUCUCCAGCCCGACAGACCCGCCUCAUCUCGCCCGAGAUCGACGCGAGGGCCGGGGGAUUCGGGGAGAAGCUGAAACCGUGUGUCGGGUCCCGUCCUAACCGGGCUGCCAAAACCAGAGGGGAUGACUCUGGAGUCCAUGAUGGCUUGCUGCCUGAGCGAAGAGGCGAAGGAGUCGAAACGAAUCAAUGCAGAAAUUGACAAACAACUCCGCCGAGAUAAGCGAGACUCCAGGAGAGAGCUGAAAUUACUUCUCCUCGGUACGGGAGAAAGUGGCAAGAGCACCUUCAUCAAGCAGAUGAGGAUCAUCCAUGGAGCCGGGUACUCAGACGAAGACAAGAGAGGCUUCAUCCGGCUUGUUUACCAAAACAUCUUCACGUCCAUGCAGGCCAUGAUCCGCGCCACUGAGACCCUUAAGAUCCCCUACAAAUUUGAGCAGAAUCGGUCUAACGCAAUGCUCGUGAAGGAGGUGGACAUCGAGAAGAUCAACGGGUUCGACUACCCUUACAUUGCAGCUAUCAAAAGCCUGUGGGCCGACCCUGGGAUCCAGGAGGCCUACGACCGCCGCAGAGAGUACCAGCUCUCUGACUCCACUAAAUAUUACCUUAGUGAUAUAGACCGUGUGACUGCGGAGGGAUACGUUCCCACCCAGCAGGAUGUGCUGAGGGUCCGUGUUCCCACCACGGGUAUAAUAGAGUACCCGUUUGACCUGGAGAACGUCAUCUUCAGUUAUCUUUCCGAUCUGGAUCGUAUUGCAGAUUCCAACUAUCUUCCCACUCAGCAGGAUGUGCUCAGGGUGCGCAUUCCCACUACAGGAAUCAUAGAGUACCCAUUCGACUUGCAAAGCAUCAUUUUCAGGAUGGUGGAUGUAGGAGGUCAGAGGUCAGAGAGGAGGAAGUGGAUUCACUGCUUUGAGAACGUCACCUCCAUUAUGUUCCUCGUGGCGCUGAGCGAGUACGACCAGGUCCUGGUGGAGUCCGACAACGAGAACCGCAUGGAGGAGAGUAAAGCUCUGUUCAGGACUAUCAUUACCUACCCCUGGUUUCAAAACUCCUCCGUCAUCCUCUUCCUCAACAAGAAGGACCUGCUAGAGGAGAAGAUCUCCUACUCACACUUGGUGGACUAUUUCCCAGAGUUUGACGGUCCCCAGAGAGAUGCACAGGCGGCGCGGGAGUUUAUCCUCAAGAUGUUUGUGGACUUAAACCCAGACAGCGACAAGAUCAUCUACUCUCACUUUACUUGUGCCACGGACACUGAGAACAUCCGCUUUGUGUUUGCAGCUGUCAAAGACACCAUCCUACAGCUCAAUCUCAAAGAGUACAAUCUGGUGUGAGGGCCCACAUACGACGCACAUCUCCCCCGCCCCCACCCCCACCCCCACCCCAUUGCACAAAUGCACACCUCUAUGGGAGUGUGCGCUCAAGUUCACAUGCAUCACACAGCACACCAUGCCGGCACACAGACACAGACAGACAGACACACACACCAACAGAACCCUUCCUUUUUUUUCCUCCAGUACAACACAUUCACAAAUCCUCCCACCUGCAAACGCCGCCCCUCCUCUUUCACCAAAGCUCGCCCUCUUCCUCCGUUGCUCGGCAGCUUGUUGUGUCAGAGUCCCUCGCUCCUCCCCGAAGCUGCUGCGUGUGUCAGUUUUGGCCCCGGCUGUUGGCUCUGGCACACUUCAUCUGGCACACAAACCUUUCACACGGGCUGUACAGUGACUGAAGGGGACUUUGGUGUUUGUGUGUGUGUGGUACGUGUGUGUGUGUGCGUGUGCGUGUGCGUGUAUUUGGGGCAGCAUUGACUAGCAAGGAGCUGUGUUUUGGUGAAUAGCGGCAUCGCACCCCUUUGGCCCUCUGGAGUUAACCCUCAGCGGUGUGAGAUCAGAGCCUCCGUCGUGUCCUUGCUGAGCUCCUGUGGGUGUGGAAGGAAGGAAGAACCAGCGAGCGGCAUCGUGCUGCUCGGGACAGAGCGGCUUGGACAGGAAGUGAGGUCGCACACCGGACACAAGGGGGACGGGGCCGAGGAUUCUAUCUCCACCUUGCAUCUAUGAAUGUACCCACCAGUGUGAGCAUCGCAAUUGCAAAAAAAAAAAAGAAGAAAAAAAAUAGAAAUAUAUAUUAUGAAGUAAAUGCAUAUGUAAACACACUUAAGACAAAAAGCACGAGAGGGCAAGACAUAGCUAAUCAAAUCUGUUCAUUGCUGAGAUUUUUUAAAUGUUUUUAAUGAUAGAAAUUUGUUGCUACGUCUACUUCUAUUUAACGAAUAAUGGCUAAAUGGAAUGGUGAUAAGAAGUCGUAAGAAAACUUUUGCAAAACAAAAGACAUCUAAAAAAAGAAGCAACGAGAAAUUUACUUGACGUAAGUAUCCUUUAAAGAUUUCUGUGGGAUUUGUUUUUUAUGUUUAAGUUAAUCACAUCGCUUCCCUCCUCCAGAUGUUUUCUGUAUGGAUUCACAGGGACAAUCUUCCAUGUGAACCCCCCCCCCCAUCCCCCCCACUGACACACACCCCACACCCUUAUUACACAACACUAGUAGCGGGUGACAGGACCCUGCUUUCGACGCAGGCGCGGAGGGGAGCGUGAUGUCAUCAGCCCACAGAGCACACCUGCAGCUCGGGGCUGCGAGUAGCUUAUUCAACAAAAUAAAAGCUGUAAAUGAAACACGCCCGCAUCCCCCGGGAGUGUGAAUGGAAUCCAUUUGGUAACAUCUCCGAUGACGUCACACCUGCGUCACUCAGCCGUCCAAUCAGACACACCUCCUGACGGUGACACAGUCAUCACACCAGGAUGUGCUUCUGUUUACUUUUUUGUUUUUCCUUUUUUUUACUGUAUAGUCACUUUGUUUAUAUAAAGAUUGCUCGCUGUCGAGUGGUGAGAGGAAGGGGAGGGGAGGGGGGGCUAUGAACCUUUCACAGAAAACGCACUCUAAAGUCUGCAAACGUCGUUUGUGUAUAUUCGUUUGUAAAUACAUAUACACAAAACACUCCUGUACAAAAACGCUCUGUGGUACACCAUCUUUGGCAAAAAACAAACAAGAAAAAAACAAAAAAAAGUAUCAACUUCUUUCAUUAGCAUACAAUUUUUCCUAUGAAUUUAUGGUAGUAGUGAUACUGUGAUUAUGGAUUUUGUUCACUUGAUUAAUAGGACUACACAGAGCUGAGUGUCGUCGAGGAAACGAUCGGCAAGGAGCAAUAGUCAGAGAAAAGAGGCUCCUCCCAACCAGCCUCACGACUCCACACUACUGCUACAGCUCUGGCUCCGGAGUAUACUAACUAGGGCUGGUAAAAAUCUUCCCAGUACGAUGACGAGAUGAUUUUAAGAGUAAUUAAAGAUUUUUUUUAUUUAUCUAAUUUAUGGACCAGGUUUGAAGGUGUUGAUAAUUUGACUGCUUUUGAUUCUGUCAUGUUGAAGUGCUCCUUUUCUCAUGGCGGAGCCUACUUGAGUCUGAACUGCUGUAAAAAAACAACAACAAAAAAAAAAUAACAAAACAAAACAAAAAAAAAAACGAAUGUCUGGUAUAGUAAGGACUUUAUCUCUGCUUUCUAUUUCUUAUUGAGACAUUUCCAGUUGUACUUCGCCAUCACAUCUCCAUCCAUGAUAAUACUGUUUGGUUUUCUUUAGGAGCCCUCACAUCUGUUUUGUUUGAUUUUUAAAAAGAGAAAAAAAAAGAAACUUGUAUUUCCUCUCGGUUUAUAGACGCAGCGCUGUAACGCAUACCUAGAAAAAUGUACAGUACGAACGUAGGUGGAACUUUUUUUAUCAGUGAUUGAAGACCCACGCGGUCCAUGCUUGCUGUUUGUAAUUUAACACAAAAAUUCUGUUGUCGUUUUUUUGCAUUGUUAAUUUCUGGUUUUUUGAGGCUUGCUUUGAUAGUGCCAGUGAAGUGCAGAUAUACUUUUUUGGUCUUUGACCUUUUCUACAGGUGACUUAUCCUUCAUCGUCAUUAAGGGCUAUCACAGUGCAUCAGGCAUCAGACAGCGGGGAGUGAAGUACAGGACCACAGUGAACCAAGUCAUCCACUACUAAUCCUUGUUUCUAAAUGGAGAUUACUCGCAGUACGUGUUAUAAGAAGUAUAGGCAGGGUGUUAAUGCAAACAUAAGGUGUGUGUGUAGAAAGUUUACCGACACUAAACAGUUUUCUUUGUGUUUCGUUAUGUAUCUGGCCCUUUGGUGAAUUAAGUGGACCCAGUAUCCAGCUCUCUGACCUUCACUAUUUGUGUGGUAUCACAGUGUUACCUGUAAUACCUUGUGCAGUAGAGAAACUCCAAUCACUAAAGACACUACUACCAGGACAAGUAUUGCAUGCUUCCCCCAAGUAUUUUGACUUAAUGACUAUGCUUGUGGCUUUGCAUGUUUUAACCCAUUAACUACAAAUAUAAUACUAAAGUGCUGAAUUUCUUCAAAUUGAUUUCCUACUUGUGCAGCUAUUGGUUUCCGUUCAUGUGUAAGGUUUAUAAAGUACCCUGCAGACUCAAAACUUGAUCCUGAGAAAGAAUCUAAACCACAGUUGACUUGUAGUUGAAGAUGCUCUGACCAACCAAGGCCCCAUUUACACGUAUACAGAUAUUUUUUAAAGCGGAUAUUUUCCCCCUCAUUAAAAAUAUCUGUCCACACGACUUCCUUUUACAAAAUAUCUCAGUCCACGCUGGAACGCAAAAACGACCCUAAAUGCUCGCUCACAUUGGCCAUCUUCGGUCUCCUCUCGUCACACACAAGUAGCUAAGUGUACAGGCUAACGUUAGCUUUUCAUUAGCGUCUCUGUUAAUUCCCCUUAAAUAUAAGGAUGAAGGAACUCAUGCUAAGACACAUGAUGUUUUGGACAUGCAAGUUUCAUCGGCAACAAUCCUACUCUCGAAUUCGUCUCACCAUCUCCUGGUUCGACUGUGUAAUCCAAAACCACCGUUUCUGGCCGACUUUGAACCACGCACGCUGUGGUGGAGCGAAUAACAUUGGGCGCAGCAGACUCCGCCUCCCGUAUUCCAUGGACACUAAGUUUAAGUGUCAUUAGACCAAGCAGUCCGAACAAAACGGUAGUUCGUUGUCGUUUCUGGUGCACAAAGAAACAACAGGCAUGUGCAAAUUGUCAUGGUCUCCCAAACACACUGUUUUACAUGUCGUCAUGGAUACAAAGUACCCAGAAGUUUGGAAAAUCUUAACUUUAGAAGUUGUUUUUGAAAACUAACUCCAUUUUAGUAACCUAAAUGAGUGUUUGUGGUGGAUGAGAGGCCAAAACAUACAGGAAAUUAUACAUUUACAGAAACAUCUAUACGUGUAGAUAGAGAUACUCAAACAGAGUAUUAAUGCAACACUAGUGUGACCUUUAACCCCCAAAAUUUACAAACUGAAUACCACACUGUGUCGAACUUUGUGGAAUGAGAAGUGAAUGAAUGUAACUGAUACAGAAACACAACAUUUUCUGACAAACCUAGUUAAUAUGGAUCGUUUCUGUCCUAAUACUCGAUUGCUAAAUAAGGCUCCAUAUUGGCACUAAACAAUCCAGCAUCGUAAAACUAAGAUGAGUUUCCACCAGUCUGUGGUCUUAUCUGCAUUCCCAUGUAACUUUAAGAACGCUAAGAUGACUAAAUGUUCACUGUCACCAAUUUAAAACCAGUUUCAUUCCACUCAGAGUUGUUUUUGUUUUUCCCAGAUGAACAGAAACCAAAGGCUGCUAAGAACGAUGGAGAAUCAAUUUAAAUACUGAACACAGUGACAAAAACUUUAAACACAAAGUUAAUGGGGCUAAAAUAUAUACUUUAUUAAAACACCAGUGUGGUCCUUAACUGCCAUUUUGUCUGCUGAAAAAUGACACUAACCUGGAGCAGAAGAAGCAGACAGCCAACCGUUAAGACUGCUGUCAUAAAGAGGAUGCCAGUAUUGGAGUGGAGCGAUAUAACAGUAUGGAUACCCAAGUAUUUAUCAGUAGUCGUGUUACUGCGUGUUGUGUGCAGCUCUAUUUAAUGGUGACGAACCAUGUUGUAUUUUUAAACUUGACACUACAACUCUGGCACAUGGUGAAGGGCUGACUGGCUGUUAGUGUGGGUUUGUUAGUGCGUUAGCGGCCCAGUGUUGCACAGUGUGUUUUUGACACAUUUUAUCUCAGCAUAUAGGAGCUGGAGGAGAGGGAAGGCAAGUCUGUAUGAAGCUUAAAUCUCAUCCUCUCAUUCUUGUCCAUUUUUUUGAGCGACGACCAGCGGAAAGACUGGAUCGGUUUUUCACUACAACACUCUUAUUUAUUGCCUUUCAUUGCCUUGAAUAAUGAAAGAUGGUGUUGCCGGUCCUUUUAUGGUUACGGAGAACACUCUGACCUUUUUUGGGCGGCGGUGGUUGUGUGAUUUCCCUUCCUGUGGGCUUUUUAAAAUAAGUGGAAUCGAACUUAUCUUUUGGACAUCAGUGUGGAGUCAGUGCAUAUUCAAAUCUUAAAUCUUGUUCCCUUUUAUUUGUGUUUUUCAUUUCCUGUAUGAUAAAAAAAAAAAAAAACAUUACCGGAAUUCUAUUAUUUAGGACCACUUGAUUUAUUUUUCCUCACUCCAAUGAAACCUGAAGGUCAAUUGUGUAGUGGUGUAUAAAAUGCUGUUUUUUUUUCUUUAUUUUGUAUGUAAACCAAAUGUAAAUUAUGUAUUAUACUGAGUGUGCCAACCCCACUCUCUCUAGAGCCAGGCUCUCUCUAAGUGCCAACGCUGUGGUCAUCAUCAAAGGACCACCACCUGAGAUGGUCCCCCCCCUCCUUUUUAAAUAAAAACACACCAGAGACUAAAAGGAUAGAUGAUUAAGUACACACAAAGACUUUAUUCUGUAUUUAAGAUUGAAGAUUUAAAAGAUAAUCUGCUGUUUUUUAAGAAACUGUAAUUAUAAUUGCAUGUGCUGUUUAUUUUGUGUUGGAAGUGAGGGCUUUGAUGUUUUCAUUGAAGCAGAGCCCUCGACGAAGGGGGGUUCAAUCGGUUGGUUAUUAUCGAUUUAUUGAUUUACAUAACUCUUGCCAUAUUUUUUUAUGUGUUUCAUGUAUUUGUUUCAACCACUGUUGCCUGAUCCUCAUUCGAACAUGAACAUGACUUAUGAUCAUUGCCGCCUUCUAAGAGAGAAACAUAAUGACAAGGUAUCUGUUUUAAAUUGAAAUAAAUUUGUUCCUAUACUUGCUCA